UUGUUAUGAGUCUUGAGUUUUCGUCAGAUAACUUUGAUUUGAUUCUCUCUACUAUGCAUGAUUAAACACCGGGUUAUGUUUUGUGAAUGCAGUUGUGGAGGAUCAGCGAGACCACAUUUCAGUUGAGGGUGUUCAAAAAGCAAUUCAUGGGAACUAAAAGGAAUGGGAUUGAUAUAGUUGCCGAGGAAAAGAAGCCCCGGCGAUCAGAAACGUUUGAGAUUGUGAGAGAUCCCAGCGAUUCAAGCUGUGUUAGGAUCAAAGUGCCCUGGCCUGAUGGGUGCUUUUUACAGGUGAACAAGGAGGGCUAGUGACAGCUGAUUCAAAAGGGGAUGGCAAUUGGGGAGACGAUGAUCCAUCUGUUUUCGUCAUAACUAAUGAUGGGGGCCUUUGUGGCGAGUAUCUAGUAACAAAUGGUUACGGUCCAGUUAGGGCACCACAAGUUAUGCAGGAAUGUUUUGUUUAAGAAGUAAUGUGAUGCAUAAUUAUGUGCUCCAAAAAUUGAUGCGACUUUGGUGUACGUUUUAGGAGCACUGGAGCACAUUCAUAGUAGAAAAGACUUCAAGUUCAUAUCUGAGAAUGGAUUGAACGCAGUGAGAAUUCCUGUUGGGUGGUGGAUAGCUAGUGAUCCAACUCCUCCACUGCCUUAUGUUGGGGGAUCCUUUCAAGCCUUGGACAAUGCCUUCUUAUGGGCGCAGUAUGUUUGUUAGAACCCCACACUUCGUCUUCAACUAAAGGACUGUUAAUUCACUAGUGAAUUUGGAUCAACGAAUAAAAAACCUUAUGAAGAUGGGGACAAAUUUAUCAAAGAUUUGUACUUCAUCUGGUGGUUUUGUGUUCGCAGAAAAUAUGAGAUUAAGGUUAUUAUUGUUCUGCAUGCUGCACCGGGCUCUCAAAACUGUUGGAACCACAGUUCUACUAGAGAUGGGUCUCAAGAAUGGGGAUUGUCUGACCAAAACAUACAACAAACAGUUGAAGUUAUAGACUUCCUAUCUGCCAGGUAUAAUCCGAGUAUGCUUUUAGAAAAGCAACAAAAUUUUGUGUUUGAGACGCUGUUUUUUUCUUGAUACUUUGCAGUGAAAGGUUUCUGCAUCUAUAGCAUUACUGGAUGGUAACAACUGGAAUCUCACUUGUACUUUGCUUUUUGUGGACAUAUAAGUAUGCUAAGAACCCGAGUCUUUAUGCCGUUGAGCUGAUCAACGACCCUCUCUCCCCUGGAGUCUCCCUAGAUAUCAUGACCAAGUACUACCGUGCUGGCUUCAACGCUGUUCGAAAACACUCAACAGCAUAUGUGAUUAUGUCAAAUCAGUUAGGACCAGCUGAUCCAAAAGAACUCUUUCCUCUUGCCAGUGGGUUCACAAGAUCCGUCAUUGAUGUCCACUACUACAACCUCUAUUCUGAUAGCUUCAAGCAAAUGUCUGUCCAACAAAACAUUGAUUUUGUCAACACCUACCGGUCAGCGCAACUGAGUCAAGUUACUACAUCCAACGGGCCUCUAACUUUUGUAGGAGAAUGCGCAGCUGAAUGGGAUCAGCAUAGGAGGGCUACAAAACUGGAUUACCAAAACUUUGCCAAGGCCCAAUUACAAGUCUACGAGCGGGCUAGUUUUGGGUGGGCUUACUGGACUCUUAAGAAUGUGCACAACCACUGGAGUCUGGAAUGGAUGAUCAAUAAUGGUUAUAUAUAUAAGUCUUGAGUCAAAUCCGUCAUCCGGAGCCCGCUUCGGCGACGAGGUUUCUUGGCGACUUUGGAUUCAGUAUGGCAAAGCUACAGAUCUACAGAGACCGUGCUAUUGCUUUGUUUUUCCCAUCCCUUGGUGGGGGUGUUUCUCUCUUUUUACGGAGCUUUUACACCCCUCUUGGGUUAUUUCUUUCGGAAACCUUAUGGACUUCAUCUUUGUUCAUUUCCAUUGGUUUGGG